UAUGCAUAUGGGAAUUCCCCUGGACUUUUAUAUAAAAUAUUCUGAGUAUAAGAGGCUCCAUCACUUCGAUAAACUAAUUUUGUGGAUAAGUGUCGAUAAGGAGAUGGAAAAGUUUCAAGAAAAUACUGAUUUGCUUGAUAUUAUUGGGCUUGCUCAUCAAGUUCUAAAUCCGGUAGAAAUAGCUCAACCAAGGUUUGUACUAUCCGAAGAUGAAACACUUCCGGAUUUGGAUUUCUCUGAGGUUAUAGGAGAUAGUAUAGAAGAGAGUGAAAUGAAGAAUUUUUUUAAUAGUGUUAUUCAAACAAAGGAAACUUGUGACAUUAGUUCCCGAAAGUCAGCAAUAAAGAAUCGAAGACAGUCAUCGGCACUACCUGAAUCUGAAGAAAAACGUGAAAGGAAGAGAGAAAGGAAUAGGAUAGCUGCUCGAAGAAGUCGGUAUAAAAAACAUAAAAUGAUUGAGAAUUUGGAAAGACAAAUUCAAGAAUUAAAGACAAAAAACACAUUAUGUAACGAUACGUACUUUCAAUUAAAAGCUGAAUUUCAAGGAUUAACUGAAAAGAUUAAAUUUCAUAUACAAAAAGGAUGUGAACUUUAUACCUAG